UGAAUCAGUCGUCAUCGUCUGUCGCUCGUCAGUGGGCAGAAGAACAGAGGCGAGCGAUCAAGCCAAAAGUGUGUUGUGCAUCGUACAGUGCAGCAGAGGCAAAAAAAGCAUAAACAAAAAGUGCAUUAUUUUGGAAACAGUGUCCACCGGAGGGCUGCAAGUGUUUACCGGUUGUGUUCCCCUUUUGGGCAAAAAGCUACAGAAUGCAGUCACAUAGCAAGAAACGCGUUUGCUACUACUACGACAGUGACAUCGGAAACUACUACUAUGGCCAGGGACAUCCGAUGAAGCCGCACCGUAUACGGAUGACACACAAUCUGCUGCUCAACUAUGGCCUCUAUCGGAAGAUGGAGAUCUAUAGACCUCACAAAGCCACUGCCGACGAGAUGACCAAAUUCCACUCGGACGACUACAUCCGGUUCCUGCGUUCGAUCCGUCCGGACAAUAUGUCCGAAUACAAUAAGCAGAUGCAGAGAUUCAACGUCGGCGAGGAUUGUCCGGUUUUCGACGGGCUGUACGAGUUUUGCCAGCUUUCCGCAGGUGGCUCGGUGGCCGCCGCCGUCAAGCUGAACAAGCAAGCGUCGGAAAUCUGCAUCAACUGGGGUGGAGGGUUGCAUCAUGCGAAGAAAUCCGAAGCGUCCGGAUUUUGCUAUGUGAAUGAUAUUGUGCUAGGUAUUCUGGAGCUGCUCAAGUACCACCAGCGGGUGUUGUACAUCGAUAUCGAUGUGCAUCACGGGGACGGUGUGGAGGAGGCGUUCUAUACGACCGAUCGGGUCAUGACGGUGAGCUUCCACAAGUAUGGGGAGUACUUCCCCGGAACGGGUGAUUUGAGGGACAUUGGAGCCGGACGAGGCAAGUACUACGCCGUGAAUAUUCCGCUGAGGGACGGAAUGGAUGAUGAGUCGUACGAGUCGAUCUUCGUGCCGAUUAUUUCGAAGGUGAUGGAAACGUUCCAACCGUCGGCGGUGGUGCUGCAGUGUGGUGCCGAUUCCCUUACCGGAGACCGUCUCGGCUGUUUCAACCUAACGGUCAAGGGUCACGGCAAGUGUGUGGAAUUCGUCAAAAAGUACAAUCUUCCCUUCCUGAUGGUGGGCGGCGGUGGCUACACCAUCCGCAACGUGUCCCGCUGCUGGACGUACGAAACUUCCGUCGCACUGGGGUGCGAAAUUGCCAACGAGCUGCCGUACAACGACUACUUCGAAUACUUCGGACCGGACUUUAAACUGCACAUCAGUCCGAGCAACAUGAGCAACCAGAACACGACGGAAUACCUGGAGAAGAUCAAGAACCGGUUAUUCGAGAACCUCCGCAUGCUGCCGCACGCCCCUGGGGUGCAGGUGCAGGCUAUUCCGGAAGAUGCGGUGAAUGAGGAAAGCGACGACGAGGACAAAGUCGACAAGGACGAACGGUUGCCCCAAGCGGACAAGGACAAGCGGAUAGUGCCGGACAAUGAGUUUUCCGAUUCGGAAGAUGAGGGCGAGGGUGGCAGGAGAGACAACCGGUCGUACAAGGGUGGCGCGCGGAAACGGCCACGGCUGGACAAGGAUGCCAAAUCGGCGGAGGAUAUGAAGGACGACGCAGAAGUGAAAGCCGAAUCGACGGGUGAUAAAGAGGAAGCCAAAGCCGGUGGCGAGGAAUCGUCCAAGAAGGAAACGACCGCUGUUGCAUGAUCGGCGCUGGCCGCGUACCGGAAAUAGCCCGCCAUCGUCACUACUUCUGGCAUACUGAAACAGUGAAACAGUUUUCCGAGCGCCACACACUGCAUGAGAUACGAACACGUGUCACAAUCACGAUCACGCUGUCACAGUGUAACACACAUACAGAGAAACGCAUAUUCAUUCGAGACGGUGUUAGUCUGUAAGGACAAACUUAGGUUCAACACUUUUUCUUAGACAAAGCACUUGUUUUAAGCUGUAGUUGAGUUUAAACUAAAACCUUUUCAGUUUUUAUGACAGUAACGAAAGUAAGAUACACUCUUAUUGAAUUGAACAAUAAUCUUAAUUUUCUAACUCAUAAAUUAUUUUAAAACAAUUAGAAAGAAAGAGAAGAAGACAAACGUAACAAAAAGCAACUCGUUCUUUAGAGUUCCUGUCGUCGUAUUCGAACGUGGAACAUUUGACAACUGAAUUAUAUAGUUAGGAUUCAAAUUUGCUUGGAAGAAAGAAUAAACUGUGAAUCUUUUAGGUUCGAAACGAUAUUUUAGCAGAACCAAUCCAAACCAACCAUUCAGUAGCUACAAAUCAAUAGGAACAACAAAGUAGAUCCGAGACAAAAAAAAACAAAUAUCCAACAUAAGUUUUCAAUGGGACGUACCUAACAAAGCUAUAACACGCAUGAGUAAUACAGCAUGUUUAAAACCAUCUAUUUUCAUCAACGUUCAUCAACGCAUUACUACUCUCGAGAAUCCCAUUGCACUUUGAACUGAAAUAUAAAAUCGAAUGUGUGCUUACAGCAAAUAUCUAAGAUACUGGAAUGCUAUCAGCAUCACUAUUUGAGCUCGAUACCUCCGAACUUCACGCAUUUGUUCCUGAAACUGCUGCCGCUCUAGUGUUGACCUGUGCAGGUCGAGGAAAUGUCACAUUUUUUUUUUCUGAUUAUUGGAAAACUUCUUGUAGUUGUUUUAAUCAUUUUUUGCAGUUCUAUCAUAGUUCCGCAGGUGUAUUCAUUUGAAGUACUGCUAACGAAUUGAGAGACACAUAAAAUGAAACAUUUAUGUUAGCGUUGUAGACCUGUGCAGGUUUCAAAUUUGCCUAAUUUAAUAAUCAUAUUUACGGCUGAACAGACAUAAAUUGCAGUAAGUUAGACCUAUGCCCCAAUGAAAACUCAUGUUUAUAACAGACCCGAUGAAAACAAAAAUCGCAAAAACUCAAACCAUGAUACAAAUUUAACAUGAUCUCAGGAACGUAAACCCACACGUUUUGAAAGCAAGCAAUCAUCUUCUGUUUUUCCUCCGUUUAUCCUUGCUGUUCUGGUAGGUAUUUUUUUCUUAUUCUAUUAUAGCAGUUAAGUUAGCAAUCCAGAGAGAGAUUAAUUUAUUCGAUGAUUCACCCAACCUCACACAUCUUCCCCGCCCAAUUGGGCAAACUGUGUAAGAUCUUGUUUUUUUUUUCGAUUAGUAAGACGUCAAAACAAUUCCCCCAAUGAGAACAUUCUCUCUCGCAUUAGGAGAUUUGCCAUUCGCAGAAUGGCGAAUCGUGUUAGGUAUGUAAAACAAAUCAUAAAUCACACCACACACACAAUCUAAAUAAAUGGUAAGACAUGUAGAUCAACUGAAAUUAUUAAAUGAAAUAUUUGAAUGAACAUUUAGCAAUGAACUUAUUCAGUAUAUAGGCAAACACCCACGAUAGGCUGCUAGCAAGUGGAUGUGAAAUAUAUUUCCAAAUCGAUGAUGACGAUGAUGAUGAUAAGAAUUAAAUAAAUGUCUGUUGGAUCGGAACGAUCCUUCAGACAUUAAACGGA